UUUAGGUAGUCUGUUAAAAUGCCGGAACUAAUUAUUCGCCUUUUUCCAAGAUGGCGUCGAUGAGGGACAGCGACACCGGCCUGUGGCUUCACAACAAACUCGGCUCUACGGACGAGUUGUGGACGCCUUCGAGCAUCGGCUCUCUGCUCACCGUGUCGGUUAUCGACAACAUCCGACUGUGUUUCUCCAAUUUAUCUCCUCCGGUGAAGCUGAAACUGCUGCUCGGCAUGCUGCAUCUCCCGCGCAGGACUGUGGACGAGAUGAAGGAUGCUCUGUCAGAAAUCAUUCAGUUGGCCACAGUGGACUCCGAGCCCUGGGUGCUGAUGGUGGCCGACAUCCUCAAGUCCUUCCCAGAGACGGGUUCUCUCAAUCUGGACCUGGAGGAGCAGAACCCCAACGUGCAGGACAUCCUGGGAGAGCUGAGAGAAAAAGUGAGUGAGUGCGAGGCGUCGGCCAUGCUGCCUCUUGAGUGUCAGUAUCUGAAUAAGAGUGCUUUGACCACGCUGGUGGGUCCCCUCACACCUCCCAUCAAACACUUCCAGCUCAAGAGAAAACCCAAAAGUGCUACACUGAGAGCUGAGCUCCUCCAGAAGUCCACAGAAACCGCACAGCAGCUGAAGAAAACCGCAGGAGUGCCUUUCCACGCUAAAGGACGAGGUCUCGUCAAGAAGAUCGACACUACAACGCCGCUGAAGGGGAUUCCCAAAGCUCCGUUCCGCAGCCCCACCGCACCCAGCAUGUUCCCUUCCAGUAACAGGGCACCCAUCACCCCGACUCGCACGCCGCUGCGCAAAGAGAGAGGGGUCAAGUUAUUAGACAUCUCAGAGUUGGACAUGGUCGGAGCAGGCAGAGAAGCAAAGAGGAGAAGAAAGACACUGGACACUGAAGCAGGAGAGAAGGUGGCCAAAGAGGAGGCAGUGGUGGAGAACGCAACCCCCGACUAUGCUGCUGGUCUGGUAUCUGCACAGAAAUUGGGGUCAUUGAACAACGAGAGCGCGCUACCGUCGACCAGCUACCUCCCAGCCACGCCCAGCAUGGUGCCCUCCUCCUCUUACAUUCCCAGCUCAGAGACGCAGCAGGCCAGCACAGGUGCUACAAACCGGCAGCCCGAGGAAUCGACGGCAAGCGGCGCCGCAGCCUCGACGCUCCCGGGUCAGUUUAAACAGAGAGCGCCCAUGUACAACGCCAGCACUGCCAGUCCCACAGCUCCCACCUCUCCCACCACGCCCGCCAGCACACCCCACAACAACACCCCUCCCACCGCCGCCACUGCAACACAACCGGACACGGCCACGCCUCCAUCCACCACCGCAGCUCAAGCCACGCCCACGCCUGCCCCCCAGCAACCUCAGCCCAAAAAGAAUCUAUCGCUCACGAGAGAACAGAUGUACGCCGCACAGGAAAUGUUUAAGACUGCAAACAAAGUCACCCGACCCGAGAAAGCUCUUAUCCUGGGCUUCAUGGCAGGAUCGAGAGAGAACCCAUGUCCGGAGCAGGGUGACAUCAUCCAGAUCAAGCUGAGCGAGCACACAGAGCUUCUUCCUAAAGCGGACGGUACAGGCAGUACUACCAUGCUGGUGGACACGGUGUUUGAGAUGAACUACUCCACAGGCCAGUGGACCCGCCUCAAAAAAUACAAACCCAUCACCAAUGCAUCCUGAGGAGCUGGAAAACACACACACACACACACACACACACACACACACACACACACACACACAUACAUACACACAUCAAUCACAUUGUCUUUUGAAGAAGGCAACACACACACAUCAUAUAUUUGAUCUGAGAAACACACACACACACACACACACACAGAGUAUCUGGGCCAAAACGACAGACUAAGAAACUGUCUUGAUGGUAAAGUCGUGUUUAAGCGGAGUGAGGUGGACUUCUUAUUUUGCUAAGCUCACUUCCUGUCUAUGUUCCUGUAUUGCCAAAAGUCAGGGAACUACUUUCUACAUAUAUAUAUUUUUUUUGUUUUCUGGUUUGUAAUACGUUCUUUAAUUAUCAUUGCCCGGUUGUUGAAGAUGGGUUGGAAUAGAGGUGGGGUUGUUGCUCCGGGACGUUUUUAGCUUCUUUGAUUGACCCCUGUAUGUUUGGCCUUACACGCCGUUACAUGUUCCAAAACACACAAACAUGUCCAUCUGUUUCAAUGUGAGAAAAUGAGAAAAUAAUUACAUUUGCAAAAAAGAAAAAAAAAGAUAAACCAUAGGUUGUUUGCUGGUUAGAUAUUUUUGGAGAAUGAUUGUUUGUUCUUCAGUCAUCAGGAGAAGGAAAGAAAUAAAUCGAUCCAUGUCCGGA